AUGGUUUCCGUUGUUUCGCGCGGCUUUCGUGAAGAUUUGUUAGGCUUUCUGUCCAAUUUCGCUGCAAUUGGUUCUCCGUUGUUCGAGACGUAUUCUCAGGAAUGGCGAAAACAAAACUUCCAGUACAUAUUCUACGGCCGCGCCACGGUGGUGGAACUGGUGGAAUAUACCAUCGAGGUGUUGCACAUCGUAAAACAGGCGUUCCUCAGUUCGAAAAACCAGCUGGAAAGGAUCGGUGCUUUCUUCACACUUUACACCCUGUACUUUAAACAACCGUCGUUUAUGUUCUGUAAAAUACGCCUCACGCUGCCGCAGUGGCGAGCGUUUAGGGAGUUUGUCGACAAACCGUUCAACAACCAACCGCUGCCGCAGAUUUCGCUCAUCCUGUGGAAACUGUUCCAAUCGGAUGCAUUCCUCUUCGUGCAGGAAGAUGUCGAGCAUGGGUUCGAUUCGUUCAUGGCGAAACGAUCCACGACCGGCACGUUUGACGAUAAGGAACGCCUAUUGCUCCGAUUAAAUUCAAGCAUGGAGAAGGAGCUCAGCGGAUUGCAUGCUCCGGAUGGACUGUUGAAAGGCUUAGAAAUAUUGGAAAUGGCGUAUAACGAGAUGAAGGAAAAAUUGCAAGAUGGCGAACCAUCUUCAUCUGACGCAAUCGCAGGUGACAAAAUACCGCAAUCGACGCUAAUGGAAAGCCUACGCAGCGAUUUCGACUUGCUGGUGGUCAAGACGGACGGCGCCACAGACGCUGGGACGGAACAGAACGACCCGUCAGAACAGAGCGAGGGGGUCUCGCUCGAGAGCGACCCGCUGGGACAAGGUAAGAUUGGCGACAAGCGAUACAAUAUACGCAGGAAAGCAUACAAGACUACGGUUGCGGCGAAGAAAUUUCAAAUCGCUGGCCAACCCACCGACGACGCUGAUCCGGAGGAGCCGGAUGCGUCGUCCGUCGGUGAGGCGAUUCCGACCGCAUCGCAUGAUCGUACCUUCAAAAAUGACCGUGGUCGAUCACGGUUCGGUUUUAAAGAAAAGCAUUCCCUAAGUGAAAAUGAUAACCUGGACAUCUGAUGCGGAAGUUGCCAUUCGGAUGGGGCGUGAAAUUGUUUCUCGAAUAAAUCGAACCUAUGUAAUAAAGAUCC